GAAACUCAUCCAAACACAUGAAAUAUCCAAACCACCAAUUCUAAACACAAAUUCAUCAAAGCCUGGGCUUCGCUCUUCCUUCUCCAUAUUUCUCUAUACCUUUUCUUAUCAGUAUCUUUUACUGAAUUGAAGCACCCAAAGUGAAACAGGUCAAUGUUGCAUGCAAUCUCUGUUCCAAAUACUUGCAUUUCGUAUCCAAGAAGCUGGUUUUUUGGUCAAAGGAAUCAAGGACCGAGAAGACUUUGUUUGUGUGCUUCGUUGCCGGAUAAUAAUGGUGGAUUUAAAGUGGAGUAUACACCAUGGUUGAUUGUUGGAUUGGGUAAUCCAGGAACUAAGUACCAAGGAACUCGGCACAAUGUUGGUUUCAAAAUGAUUGAUCAAAUUUCUCGUUCGGAAGGGAUUGCGUUGAAUACUAUACAGUCAAAAGCUCUGAUUGGAAUAGGUGCCAUUGGAGAAGUACCAAUUUUGUUGGCAAAACCUCAGGCAUACAUGAAUUUCAGUGGGGAAUCGGUCGGUCCCCUUGUUGCUUAUUAUCAAGUUCCCCUACGCCACAUCUUAUUGGUAUAUGAUGAGAUGAGCUUGCCGAAUGGUGUUUUGAGGCUUCAGCCGAAAGGAGGACAUGGCCAUCAUAAUGGAGUGAAGAGUGUAAUGGGACAUUUGGAUGGUAGCCGUGAGUUUCCUCGGUUGUGCAUAGGGAUUGGAAACCCACCUGGUGCUAUGGACAUGAAAGCUUAUCUUCUACAGAAGUUCAGUCCUGUGGAGCGAAAUCAGAUUGAUGAUGCGCUGGAACAAGGAGUCGAGGCAGUAAGGACACUGGUGCUGAGUGGCUUCAGCCAAAAAAUCACAAGAUUCAAUUUAGGGCAGAAAUACAAGCACCACAAAGUUUGAUCACAUUACGUGCAUGUAUGUAUGUAUGAACAUUUUCAAUCAACCUUUUCUUUGACAAAAAAGUUCACAUUUUUAGCAGCCAUCUGUUCCUUUAUUUUCUUUCCGCAGAACUCUUCAGAAUCUGUAAUGGAAAUGGAUAUUUAUUGCAGUCUUGUGUU